AUGUCCAAGUUUAUCCUUGGAGCUGUUCUCCUUCUUUGCAUUGGAUUUUCUACCAUUGAAUGUAUGAGAAAACAAGGUAUUGCUGUUAAGGGAAAACUUAUGUGUGGAAAUCUUCCUGCUUUUAAUAAUACUGUUGUACGAACUGUUGAUAUUGAUACUGGUCCAGAUCCAGAUGAUACUCUUGAUGAAAAAUCAAUUAAUCCUGAUGGAACAUUUAAGCUUGUUGGAUUUACAAGAGAAUUAACUGAUAUUGAUCCAGUUCUUUAUAUCUGGCAUGAUUGCUUAGAUUUAGAAAAUCCAUGUUUAAGACAUGUAACCUUUGUACUUCCAAAGAAAUACAUUAUUUCAGCUGAACCAACUAGUGAGGAACAAUGGCUUGAUAUUGGAGUAGUUAAUCUUGAAGGAAGUUUUGAUAAUGAAAAACGUGAAUGUAUCCGUUAA